AAACUUCUGUCGCCCAGCUCCCUUCCGGCAGAAAGACCCAGGGACGUGAGUGUGAAGUCAGGCCUCACAGGGGCAAGAAGAAAGCCAUCCAAAGCCAGCUGGUCUGGCUUUGAGGAAAGCAACAGAGAGAAAGAGAGAGAAAGAGGGAGAGAGGAAUAAAAGUAAGUAAGGAAAGUAAGAGAGCGACACGUGAGUGAGAUACCUGAGGAAGGCCUUAGCAGCAGGUCCUGUGAAGGUGAUCAUACAGCUCAAGAAACAGUUACAUAAACAGUACUACAGAAUUUCACUGCAGAUUGUUUGGACAGUGGUCAGAACCAAGGGCAUUUUACCCAAAGAGGAGAAAGCACCAGGAAGCUCUGAGUAGUGUUCAAAGCAAAGGAAGAAAGCACAAAAUUAAGACUUGAGCUGGAUAUUUUGGGUCCAGGACCAAGGAUUGUGCUGCAUUGUUUGUUAGAUCGUGGUGUGGACACCUUAAGAGAAAGACACAGAAAGAAAGAGAGAGAAAGACUCGAGAAGAAUAAGUGGAGUACAAUGUGCUAGGGGAGUGAAGGGAGACAAACUCAGUGUUUUUCUGAUAUUCUCGGGGUGUCAGAGAGACCAAACAGGACGGCAAGAUGGGACGAAAGAAGAUCCAGAUCACGAGGAUAAUGGACGAGAGGAACCGGCAGGUUACCUUCACAAAGCGAAAGUUUGGCUUGAUGAAGAAAGCUUACGAGCUGAGUGUAUUGUGCGAUUGUGAGAUUGCCCUGAUCAUAUUCAACAGCUCGAACAAACUCUUUCAGUAUGCCAGCACCGACAUGGACAAAGUCCUGCUUAAAUACACAGAGUACAACGAGCCCCACGAGAGCAGAACCAACUCCGACAUUGUAGAGAAAUUAAGAAACAAAGGCCAUAAUGACUGUGCCAGUCCUGAUCCAGAUGACUGUUUCGGUCACAGUCCCCUCAUGGACGACCGUUUCGGCAAACUAAACGAAGAGAGUGAUUUAAUGUACAAGCGCUGUGGUGCGCUUAACAAGAAAGAACACAGAGGCUGUGAUAGCCCGGAUCCCGACUCCUCAUAUGUCCUCACCCCUCACACAGAAGAAAAAUAUAAAAAAAUUAAUGAAGAGUUUGAUAAUAUGAUGCGAAAUCAUAAAAUCCCUACAGGCCUUCCCCAGCAGAACUUCUCCAUGCAUGUGGCUGUGCCUGUGUCAAACCCCAACGCCAUGUCCUACAACCCCGGGGCCUCUUUGGGAAGUCAGAGCCUGUCAGCCGCCACUGCCUCUCUGAGUGAUGGUGCCAUGCUGUCUCCACCUCAGGGUUCCCUGCACAGAAACGUAGUGUCUGCCGGGCCCCCGCAGAGGCCCCCUAGUACAGGCAGUGCAGCAGGAAAUGGCUUCGUUAACCCGAGGGGCUCGCCAGGGCUUCUGGGUACACCCAGCGGGAACGGACUGGGUAAAGUCAUGCCUGCGAAGUCACCACCACCGGGGGGCAACAUGGCCAUCGGCAGCCGCAAGCCAGACUUGAGAGUCGUCAUCCCCCCAUCCAGCAAGGGCAUGAUGCCUCCCCUGCAGUCGGAGGAGGAAGAGAUGGAGUUGAGCACCCAUAGGAUAAGCAGCUCCCAGUCGACCCAGUCUCUGGCCACACCGGUGGUCUCUGUCACCACCCCCAGUCUGCCACCACAAGGCCUGGUGUACUCAGGCAUGCCCACUGCCUACAAUACUGAAUACUCCCUGAGCAGCGCUGAGCUCUCAUCUCUUCAAGGCUUUGGCUCUCCAGGGCUCUCUAUAGGCUCAGUGUCGGCAUGGCAACAGCAUCAACUGGGCCAGGCAGCUCUCAGCUCGCUGGUAGGUGGCGGUCACUUACCUCAAGGCUCCAAUCUCUCCAACAUCAGCCACAUCAACAUCAAAUCGGAGCCCAUAUCACCCCCACGUGAGCGCGUCACCCCAUCUAGUUUCCAGCCCCAGCAGCAGCCUCCCUCCGGGCGUCUGGAUAUGGGCCGCUCACCCGUCGACAGCCUCAGCUCCUCCUGCUCAUCCUACGACGGAAGCGACCGAGAGGAUCACAGGCACGACUUUCACUCCCCACUCGGCCUGGGUCGACCCCCUGCCGGCGGGGCCGAAGAGAGGGAGAGCCCAACGGUCAAGCGCAUGCGCAUGGACACCUGGGUGACAUAAAGCUGUCUGGAGCUGACCGCCAGUCAGUCACACGCAGGGCUGGGGAAGGGAACGAAGAGAGGGGAGACAGCAGGGAGGGUCAUUAUUGUUAUUAUUAUUCUAUUGUUAUUAUUUAACGUCAUUUCACUUUUUUGUAAGUAGGUGGAUGGUGAUUGCAGAUGUCCUUACAUAUCGAAAUUAAGCAACUUAGUGGAGAGAGAGAGAGAAAAAAAUCUCAAGUCAAGAAUAAAUGGUGUAAACAGGUGUUAUCAGGUACUUGAUGCAAAUUGGAUUGCGCGAGAGUCUAUGUUUAAACAAAAACAAGUCAUACUAAAACUUUCAGACACUUGUCUUAGCUGUAAAAUUGGCAAGUAUCAACAGUCAUCAAAGUUUUGGGGUGAAGGUUGUUGUGUGCUGGGCUCAUGUAUUAAACAAUGUAUCUGCACUCGCCCGUAUGAAAUAUAUCACUUAAUAAUUUAUUUAAAGAUAAUCGACAGUAGAUCAUAGAUUUGGAUCGGUUAAUACGAGGCAAGGCUUGUAUCGAAAUUGAGAUCACAUUCCGCCUCAGUCAAGACAUUAAUCGAAUAAAAAAAAUGUCUCUAAUGUGCUUAAUCAGUUGCAAAUUUUCUAUAUAUUGGUGACAAACGGUGGUCCGGUGAAUUUGAAGACGAUAGUUGUUGUAUAUUCAUGCAGCUCCAACAACCCAAUGGUAACGCAAGCCAAAGCCUCCUCAUCAUUUUGUCGUACUGUAGGUUGGGAAGUUCAGCAUUUCUCGCUCAAUGUUUGUUUUAUAUUAGUUCUGUCAUAGUGUGCAUUGUUACAAAUGUUGGAAAAAUGAUAAACAUGCAAAGCAGAUCUUGAAACAAUAUCUAAAGCCAUGAACACUUGCUGUUCUGUUUGUAAAUUAAAGAUUUGAGCCAAACCUUUUUUUUUGUUAUGUACAUAGCAACUUUAAUAUAUAUCACUUUCGGUGUAAGUACGUAUGUAUUGUACCUUCACCAGAUUCAAGAAAAAAAGUAUAUUUUUGUGGAUUACUGCCAUGUUUACAAGGCGAGAUCCUUAUUAAGUAGAGUAUUCACUGGUUAAUAUUUACUAUUUUGUUAACUAUACUGUACUUUCUUCAAAUUUGACUAUUAUUGGUAAUAAUCAAAGUGUUUUGUUGUUUUUUUUUUUCUUGAAAAGGUUGUUUUUGGGUCGUUUACCCUUUAAUGGUGGUGAAUGUCUGUCCUUAAGAAAUUGUAACAAAAGAGCCGUAUUCAAGCUCGACCAUCUUUUUGUUUUGUAAAACGAUGAUUGCCAUGCUAAGAAAAAUGGUUGCUUUUCUUAAACAACUGUUUUUUUGAGGGAAUAGCCUGCAGCUGCUGAAUACACUGCCUACUCUAAAACUCAACUUAGCUUAGAUGCACUAUUCAAUCAUCUUUAUUCAAACACGAAAGUUUCGAUUCAGAAACAUUCCCACAGUUUGUAAAAAAGUUAAUUUUUUAUUUCAAUCCCCCAUAUUCAAUGCUUAUCUUAUAAUAAAGAUAUUGUAAAUAUCAUAAGUAACACCUUUACAUCCAUGCAUACUAUGUACAGAACAUUUCCCCACAUAUUUUGUGAAUUGGCCUAAUGUAAAGGAAACACCGAUCGCAAUGCUCCGUAUUGCUUGACAAAAGGGGGCGCUGUAGCUCUCUCCGCUGUUGCUGUUUUGCUCUAUAUGUGCAUAUCCCUCUAUUGUAAGGCUGUGUGUUUGUGCAGCACAAAUGUCUGGUAUCAGUGGCCUCCGGUUUGCAUCACACCUCACUGACACUCAGGUGGCAAAGCGACAGGGGAUUCAGCAGCUGAUGGAAAUACUAGAAAUUGUAAAUAGACUUGGACAUGAUCUCUCCACAGGAUUGCACAAAAGUUUGUUCAAGUUCACCAUCGGAUAAAAUGAUGCUUUCCUCUUUAGAUUUGUUAUGUAUUUGGACAAUGUGUACACACCAAUCACUUUAAGAUACCUCCCUGCCGUUAGCAACUGGCAAUAAGCUGAUAUUAAUCUAUGCAGUCCCCGACCCACACAUAGCAAGGAACACGAGACAUUCACAUUGAAACUAUCAGUGAGAUUCAUAAUAAAAAAAUACUAUAAUAUCAUAUCCCCAUUUGUCACACAAUGUUGCCUAUAGUUCAUAAAUGAAGUGCUCUUUAAUGAGCUUCUGAAAAGAAGACUGUUAACCCUUUGUCCCUAAGUGCUUACAUAUUAAGGCACACUUAAGAUGAAAAACAAGAGCCAUGCAGUCACUGCUUUACUGUAGGUAGGCCUAUAGCUUUAGAUAUAAUCUCAGACGUACGAGCUUUGUUGUCUCAGCUGAAUUUAAUAACUCGGAAACCCAUUGUGAGAAUCAUUUAAAGUUGAUCACAAUCAAAGCUUUUCAGGGUAGACAAGCAAUAAUGCUAGCCUAGUGUUAUGAAAGCACUGGGAAUAAAAAAAACUUGCAGUUUUUCAUACUGCAAUGCACACAUACAUACUCACCCACUCAACAUUAGUGCUCGAUUUGGAAUCAGGGAAUGUUUCUCUGCUACAUGCACAAUUAGAGCCUUACUCCAAAGAGUUGCUGGUGUAUCAAAUAUAUCACACAUCCCAUUUGAAAUUCAUUCAAACAACAUUAGCCUCAGUCUGAUGAAGUGCAGCUUGUCCACCAGUCCCAACAAAUGCACAGAAGAAAUACAUAAUAAUCUAAAGGGAGGAGGCUGUUCCUAUGGUGCAGAGUGAGUGCCGUGUCUGAAAUCACAAACUGUUGAAUGUGAAUGGAAGGGAUAAAGAAGAAACAACAAUUGUGUGUUGCGUACUUUCUUCACUUUGCUGUGCAAGAUUACACUGCUUUGCUUUAUGGCUUUUCUAAAACAGAAUUAUGUAUUUGGUAAUUGUUUGUAGCUAAUAGUUCACUUCAAGAAGCUGUUUGCGGUUUGAUUGCUCAAACCGUUUGGCGGCACAAGCUGGACUUUGUUGCCAUAAAUGAAACAAGAUUCGUUGUUUCAAAAAAAGGAAAAGAAAAAAUGGACAAAAAAAGUAAAAAAAAAACAUGAGAGAGACCUUUAAGUUAAUCUGCAUUAUAUUUCCCUUGAAUGUGUUGUUUUCUCUUCAUUAUACAAUUAAUAUUCUAGUGAACUUUUUAUUGAAUGACUAAGAUAUUAUGCUAGAGAUUGUUGUACAAAUUUGUAUUCUGCAUUCACUAAAGUAAAGAUAUUGGCUUUUAUUGUGUAAUAUAGGUUCUCUCGCUUCUUCUGUGCUAACUGAAGUGAACAAUUCUCUGAAUUUGAGUAGACUUUGUCCACAUGUGAAAAUCCAAACAUUAGAAUCUGUCCGCUUUAUUAAAAACUUUAUUGUACCCUCAAA